AUCUUGUACUUUCUCUUCCCUUAUAUAGGUCAGGUCUUCUCCACCUCCAAUCCCGAAUCCAAACACCCAAACCGAACCAUGGAAUCUCCACGCCAAGCACCUUAUCGAUAAGCAACGCCAGCCUUAACCCAUCCAAAAGGCAGAAAAAAAAUUUCGGGGAAAAAAGCACCGCAAAUAGCAACAACUAACACAAUCAACACCAAGACGAAUCCUCUCCCGGGCUGACUGGCUGUUAUACCUGUACAUUCAGGAUUCACCUAUAACCUACGAUUCGGUCGCCCGACACCUUUCCACAGACACAAUGCCCGAGCGGGUACGCACCGUCUUUGACGACGAUGUGGACAGCCACCAGCCGCCGGUGCAGACCGCACCGCAGGAGACUGUCGCGCCCGAGCCGCCUUUGAAGAAGCGGAAGACGAAGGAUGGCGAUUCCGUCGCGGAUAGAAAGAAGAAGAAGACGAAGAAAUCUACAGUUACAGACACAGCGCCGGCGACGUCUCCUCCUCCAUCCUCCGAAAACAACGUCGAGCAACGAAACUCCCAAGACUCCAACCCAGCACCGCUCAAAAAGACACAGAAGAAGCGAAACGAUGCAGUGGUGGAUAGACCCGUGCGCGACAAGAAACACGAGUCCGCCCUUACAGACGGCAAGGACAAGAAGCGGCCGCCGAGGGAGUUCCCCGGUCUCCGGGACAAGGCGCGCGCUUUGUACGAAACACGCAAGAACUUGCCGAUUUUCCCGCAUGGGGACGAGAUCAGGCGGUAUCUGAGCAACAAUGAUGUGAUGUUGUUGGUGGGUGAGACUGGUAGCGGAAAGAGUACCCAGAUUCCGCAGUUCCUCGUCGAUGAGCCGUGGUGUCGGCCGAAGAGGGUGAGCCCUGACAAGAAGAAAGGGGAUGGGAAGAUGGUGGUGGGCGGGUGUAUUGCGAUUACGCAGCCGCGUCGGGUGGCUGCUAUUUCGCUGGCGCGGCGUGUUGCGGAGGAGAUGGGUACGCCGUUGGGGUCGUCGUCACCGGCGAGUCAGGUUGGGUACUCGGUGCGGUUUGAUACGUCUACGUCGCCGAGUACGCGGGUGAAGUUCUUAACGGAGGGGAUGCUGCUGCAGGAGAUGCUGCGCGAUCCGGCGCUGACGAAGUACAGCGCUGUGGUGGUAGAUGAGGUGCACGAGCGCGGUGUCAAUGUGGAUUUGGUGCUGGGUUUUCUGAGGAAUCUGGUGACGGGGAAUCGUGAGGCGCGUGGUGGGCUGCCGUUGAAGGUUGUGGUUAUGAGUGCUACGGCUGAUAUGGAGAGUUUACUUGGGUUCUUUGAGGAGGGAUAUACGGGUGGCGUGGACAGGGGUUUGGUACAGGAGAAGGAGGAGGCUACGGGGACGGACGAAGCGAAGACGCAGGACGACAUCGCGGUGUGUCAUAUCAAGGGCCGUCAGUAUCCUGUCAAGACGAUCUACGCCCCGGCGCCGGUGCAUGAUUUCGUCGACGCGGCCCUCAAGGUCAUCUUCCAGAUCCACUGCAAGGAGCCCCUGCCCGGCGACAUCCUCGUUUUCUUGACGGGGCAGGAGACGGUGGAGGCUCUCGAGCAGCUGGUCCUCGAGUAUGCCGAGGGCAUGGAUACCGCGCUGCCCAAGAUCCAGGUGCUGCCGCUGUUCGCGGCGCUUCCCCAGGCUGCGCAGCAGCGCGUGUUUCUCCCCGCGCCGCCUCGCACCCGCAAGAUCAUCCUGGCCACCAAUAUUGCCGAAACCUCCGUCACGGUGUCCGGGGUCCGGUUCGUGGUGGACUGUGGAAAGGCCAAAGUCAAGCAGUUCCGGACGCGUCUGGGGCUGGACUCUCUCCUGGUCAAGCCUAUCUCAAAAUCGGCCGCGAUCCAGCGAAAGGGUCGUGCCGGUCGAGAGGCGCCCGGGCAAUGUUAUCGACUUUACACGGAGAAGGACUAUCUGGCUCUUGACGAGGUCAACACCCCCGAGAUCCUGCGUUGCGAUCUAAGCCAGGCGUUGUUAAAUAUGAAGGCCCGUGGGGUCGACAACGUGAUGGGCUUUCCGUUCCUGACCCGGCCCCCGCGCGAGGCCCUGGAGAAGGCACUCCUGCAGCUCCUGAGUAUCGACGCCCUCGAAGAUUCCGGGGCGAUCAGCGCCACCGGACAGCAGAUCGCCAAACUCCCGCUUACCCCGACGCUGGGACGCGUCCUUCUGGCGGCCUCCGAGUUCGGUGCGGGUUGUCUGUCCGACGUGAUCGACAUCAUCUCGUGUCUCAGCGUGGAGAACAUCUUCAUCAACACCAACUCGGAAGAGAAGAAAGAACAGGCAGAGAAGGCACGGCACGACCUCUACCGGCGCGAAGGCGACCAUCUGACCAUGCUGGCCACAGUGCAGGCCUACGCAGCGGAGCAUAGCGACCGCAAGGCAUGGGCCGAACGACAUCUGGUCUCCCACCGGGCCAUGCAGUCCGUUAUGGACGUGCGCAAACAACUCACCACUCAAUGUCGCCAAGCUCAGUUAUUGCCCAACCCCUCGGAUUCGCGGGGUACUAACGGUACUAACUCGUUCGACCCGUCCCUGGUCCGGGAGCCCUCCCCGGUGGCCAUCCUGAAGAGUUUCCUGCGUGGGUUCGCGACCAACACGGCGCGACUGGUCCCUGACGGCAGCUAUCGCACCGUCGUGGGGAACCAGACGGUCGCCAUCCACCCGUCCAGCGUGCUGUUCAGCAAGAAGGUCGAGGCUAUCCUGUACAACGAGUUUGUGUUUACGAACCGCAGUUAUGCGCGGGGGGUGAGUGCGGUCCAGAUGGAUUGGGUGGGGGAAGCGUUGGCAUGAUAUUCUUAUUUAC